AUGAAAGAAAAUCUGUUGACUGCCGAACUGUCGUCGAAGACGAGUGGAAAGCAACUCUCAGCGCUGGAUGGUACAACAAUAACUAGCUUGGCCGAAAUCCUGCAGCGGUAUCACAGGCAUUUUGAAAAAGAACCAAGUCCCUCCACUGAAGCUCAUGAGUCACAGGCAGAGGUCUCAAAGUAUUCGAAGUUCCUCACAUGUGGGGAGCUACUUCAGAUUACGGAAGGGGAACUCGGGGAGUCAUUUCUUGAGCAGCUGAGCGUGACUGACCUUUUACAUUUGGAGAAACAACUCGAGGCUGCACUCAUACAAACAAGAACAACAAAGACAGAUAUGCUCCUGGCUUCUAUAACAAAUCUCCAUGAAGAGGAAAAAAUGCUGGCAGAAGAAAAGAGGGUUUUGCAGGAGAAGAUUGCAGGUGGAAGCUGCAGCAAGAGUAAUAAGGCGAUGAUGUUAAUCGAUCUCAACGUGGUUCCACCCGACGACAAUCAAACACAAAACCAAUCAAAAACAUGA